CUCCUGCUGUCUGUCCCCACGCAGCCCUGCAGCCCGAACCACUGCUCAUCUCUGGGUGCUGGUGCCCUCUGCCAGCUGGGGCAGGCACAGCCGUGGCUCUGGGAUUUGCUAUGUUUUUGCAAUUGUAAACAAGAAAGGUUGAAGCUGAGCUCUCUAAACAUGACAAUAUGCAGAAAGUAAAGAGCACUUUGUGUAGCAUCUUGGACGGAUGUUGAAAGGGAUUAUAACAGACUGAAUAAUUUAGGAAACAAACCGAAGAUUUUAGAGUUCACUUUUUCCAGGGGCCGAUACCAAUAUCCUACAACAGCCAAUGUACUUUCUUCAAAAUCAGAAGCAAUGCCAGGAAUUUAACUUGAGCAAACAAAAUGUUUCUUUCCUUUUCCUGAAUUUAAACUUUGCACCUUUGUUUUCACUUGUGUUUAAGUUACUGGAGUUAUUUUUCCUUUCUUGUAACUAAGUGCUUAAAUAAUCAGCUUCAAUUGCUUGGAAAUUUUACCUGAACAUUUGAUAACAUUUUUCUAGGUUUUUGCAUGUGCCUCUUUAAUCCUGUGAGGCUUGAUGGAUGUGAUUUCAAUGUGAGCUGUUGAUGAAGGCAAAGAGGGGCUGGGAGGUGAUCUCCUGCAUGUGGCUCAGCUGUGUGCAGUGGAACGUGCCAGGAGGGCAUUGCAUGGGGCUCAUGGGAUGCCUGCUUCGUUCAUGGCACACGGUGUCAGUUGUGUGUAACAAAUAAAAGUGCUCUCUUCAUUUUUCUGGUAUAGAUUUCCCACAGCAAAGUAUCCAAGUAGUAUUUUGAACUAAACUGGUGCGUUUUUUUGCAGUAAUAGGUUUUCCCAAUGGAGUGCUUUAAUAUAAAUGCAGUCUUCCCACUUCAGUGCUCUAUACUGUUUGGUUUGUAUUGGCAGCAUCUGAAACCAGCAAAAGAAUUGAGGUUAGAACUGCUUGCUAUACAUGUACAAGAACUGGUAAUGAGAUUAUCAUCAAUGAGAAAAGUCAGUAGAAUGCUUGAAUUCUAUCUAUCUUGGGCAAAUCCUACAGUUUUUUUUUCCCACAAGACACGAGGAUGGUUUAUAACCCGGUACCAAUGUCCGGGUUAGGAUCAAAACAUCAUUUAUCACGGGCCAUUAAGCCGUGCCACUUCUUUCAAGCACCAGUUCCAUCUUGACGAUCUGCGUGCUUGCUAUCCUCAGGUUGAUAACUGCAGCCUGGGGAGCCACGGAAAGAAAGAAGUUCUUCUGAAUGAGUUCCAGCUGGUUCAAUUCUUGGCUGUCCCUUUGCUAAGUAGCCCAGAACAAAAUGGACUCAUUGCUCGCGGCCUUUGCACGCUGUUAACUCUUCACUGAAUAUUGACUUUCAGUGUCCUGGUUUUAAAUCUGAACUCACUCUUGGAUCUGUUCAGAAAGUGCUCCUCUAUCUCAUCUGGUUGUUAUCAUGCUUACCACAAAACGAGCAGCAGAUUUGCCAAUAAGGAAGGCAAAGCUGCAAGGGCAUGAAGUGGUUUCCUUGGCGGCGGGGCCUUCAGCUUUGAAAAGCUUUACGUAAGGCUUGAGACUUUUUAUCUUUCUUUCCAAACAUGCCAAAAAGUACUCCGCAUACCUCAGUUAAAAUAUGAGCAUGGAAAACAACUAUAUGUGUUAGAAGUUGGGGACAAUUUGUAAGGCGUUUCUUACCUGAGGUAUGCUGUUUUAAAGCAGUGCUGCAGUGUUGAUGCCUCUCUUGGUAUAAAUAUAAAGAAUGCUUUUCAUUUCCUUACAGAAAAAAUAAUAACGGGAUGUUGAUGGUUUCUAUUGAAAAGCCAUUCAGUAUCCCUCCCUCAGAGUUUGUUCUGGGAACAGUUACUGAAGGUGCAGCAAUGCUGGGAGCAGCGCUCGGUACGUACUGCUCUGUGCUGAGGAUUUCUAGCAACUGCUCAUUGCAAGAGUUACUGAAGAAAUACAAAAUGAGUUUGAGUUUUAGAAAAGCAGCUUAAGCCCACUGCAUAGUUUUUCCCACUCUUUGUUCUUUUGGUAUACCGAGUAUUAUGUCGGCUAAACUUAUUUUUCUGCCAAAAUUCUAUACUGGAAAUUCUUUGCUCUGAUGUUUCAGAAAGAAUGAAGAAAUGUGGAUUCUUGAAUGGUUUAACCAUGGUGGUCACGUUUGAGACUUAAAAGUUCUACAAAUAGCUAGCAACGUUUGUUGUUGCUUAUUUUCAGUGCCUCUAAAGACUUUUCUCUUGCUGUUCAUUUUGUUGGCAAUUAAUGUCAAUGUUGGAGGUGCCCUGGGUCACCACAGCAACUCUCGUACCAGCAGCCUUUCCUCAGUUCCCCAUGCAGCUUUAGUUCAAUAUGGAUGUAAGCAGUCCUGCUUUGACAGAAGCCCAACUCACAGGUAAAGCUUUAACGCAGGUUUCCAUCUGAAUUAACUGAAAUUGUUCUCCUGAUGCAUUUGAGCCUAUGUGACUAAUAGUUUACGUAGCUUACAACUUACACAUGACUUAACACCAUUCAUUUUUGAAAUAACAGUGUUGUUGCUUGCAAGCAAUCUACUUAGUGUUUGAUGAGAACCAGACAUGAGUUUUGUACUGUUUAUUAAAAUAAGCUAAUUGGAAAUUUUGGUUCCUAUUGAGUUGAUUUUGUACCUUAUGUAAGAUAUCAAAAAUGCUCAAUAUUGGCUCUGUCUGCGAAAACAAAUCUCAGUUUUCAAAUUGAGAUUAAGUAUGCGUGAAAUUGUAUCCAUUUUUCCUCCCGUAGAAUAGUGUUUUAUGCUCAAAUUGUUAUGUUGAAGUAUUGAUGCUACCUGUGUAUGAGGGACUAUAAAUACCAACUGCUUUUUGGAGACAGAAAACAUGUUUUAGGUUUGAAGUUUAGUCUUUCUAUUGAACUGGCACUUGGCUGUAGACCUCCAGUACAGUGCUUCCUGCUGACAUGGGUUCUGCAGUGGAAGGGCAGACAUUUUUAUUCCUCCUGCACUGCAGGAAGAUAGUUUGAAGCGGGACAGUGUGUAUGGGCAGAGAGUUUGAAGCAGGACAGUGUGUAUGGGCAGAGAGCUGGGCUAGAAAAUACAGCCAUCGUUGUUCCCCGUAGCCUCAGGUGUAACAGCUGACCCAGGGUUUGGUGCGUAUCAUUAUUCCAAAAAUGCUUGGCACUAUGGACAGAACCCCAAGGCUGGGCCUGUUUGAAUUGGUGUAGUUGCUUGGUCCCUUGGCUAAUUUUAGACACAUGGUAAACAUCCUCAAACAUAUUACUGCUGGUUUUGGUCUUUUGUUUUAUGCUUUUCCCUCCUUAAUAAAGCAGCGGAGAGCAGUUGUGCUGCUUUUCCUAUCAGACUUAGGAAAUGCAUGUCUUGUAAAAACUCCAAGUCCAUUAAUUGGAUGGUGUUUUCUGGGAGGAAAAAAAGUUGCUAAUUGUAUAUAAAUGUACUCGUAACUGGAGUCUCACAAACUGCUUAUAAAAAAUAUAGUUGUGCUAAUGGUGUGGGUAGCCCCAUAGAGAAUAUCUGCGAAGAGGGGGAUCUAAAUUUCUGUGUUUUAUAGUGCACAGAAUGCUCAUUGGAAAAGACUUUCAUGUAGUGAAUUAGUAAGCAAGUGAUCUACUGCAAGGGAGAGUCUCUGCGAGCUUCUGUUUGAUAAUGAGAAUAUAGUGUUUAACACUUCAUACGUUUAGCUUAGGAAAGUGGAGAUCAGAGAAAUUAAAUUAAACACACCUAAAUUAAAUGAUGACUUGGCAGUAGACUGUGCUGCAAAGGGCUCUCAUUCCCAUAAGGGAGUGUCAACCAGUUAGAAGGUAAUUUCUGCCCAGGCAGUAGUGAAAACCAGCGUUGUUUUGGACUCAUUUCUAGAGUGCUGGUUGUUGGUUUUUUCUCUUGUAUUUGAUUCAUAAUUCGCUGCUGUUCACCCGGUGCUUUCCAGAGGAACAUUUCUGUAUUUGUGAAGACUUGGCCAGCCUUUCUAGAACGGACCUGUUGUUUACUGAGGACAUGGGGUCAGGACUGCUUGGAGCUUGGUCCUCAUCUCCACCUAUUGUGAGCAGCAUUGGUUGAGUGUUCAUUCCUCUCAGGUACUUGUGUGGCUUUGAAAAAGGUGCUUUGAAAACUCCAAGUGUUAAAAGUGCAAAAUAUUUUUGGCCAUCUUAGUAAAAUUCAGUUUGGAAUCUGAGUUAUGAGUGCAUGUGGGUGGAGGAACAUGUUUUUCAUGCUUUAGGAAUUUUUUUCCAGAUGCUUUUUCAGCACUUGGGUAACUAUAAAAGCAAAGUAUUAAGACUUCAGCACAGUUUUUAUUUAAAUGUAAUUUAAGAAAAUGGAGCCACAUAGCUUUGUGGCAAGCUUUCAACUUCAGAGCAAUGAUCUUGCACAAUGCAUGUUGGUGUCUGUUUCAAAAUGUGAGCACAAGUAUGUGCAAGCUGUGCAGAUAAGCCUGUCUUGAUAAAUAGUCUUUGCUUGAAAACAUGAAUUAUUCAAGUACGUGUGGUUGGGGACAUGAGAUGUGGAAGGGAAGAAAUGCAGAACUGUGUUGUUCCCAAUAACUACAGCUUGCACAAUUGAGUGUGGAGUAAAUGUAAAAUGCUGGUUUGUGGUUCCAGUAGGAAUUUUGUCAUUUAAACUGUUUUAGUAAGCUGUCAGCUAAGAGAUAGAACAAUAUUCUGAUCUUGGGGCAAAUUCAAUGCUAUUUUAUUGAGAAUUGUUUGUUCUUUUCAGGUACUUCUGUUUCUUGCAAGUGUAUGCAGAAGUUGACACUAUAGCUGAAGCCUGAGCACAUGGACUGCUUUCAGGGAGCUGGGAGAGACCAUUUGUGGACACUCUAGCAAAGCAAAACUUGACUGAGUUUGAUGAGUCUUGGUGGCAGAGGACUGAGUUUUAAAAACCAUGGAGUAGUUAUAUAUAACUUCAUGUUCUGUUAAUGUUUUCUCUGGUUAAAGAGUGAUCAAUUGAGUGUUUUUUGAGAAUGGCACUCUUUGAGAACGGGUCUUCCAGCUGCUGUGAAAUGGGGAUAGCAGUAGCUAACUUAGCUCUUCCAAUUUGCGAAGAACAUGGUUGUGUUCUGAAUGUGGUAUUAGAUGGUCUGCAAGGAAAAGGUCCAAGGGCGUGAAGGAGGGUUGUGCUGCAAGGGCUCUUCUUGAUGGCAGAAUUACUGUGUUCUUCUUGCUCCAGUGUUCCUGGUUGUGUUCCCUACAACUAAGAAAUCAUUGUAGGGGCAAGAGAAAUGGUUAGCUAAAGGUGCUGAGGUCGCUUUGAGAGGUUUACCCUGAACAACAGCAACAAAAAGGCCCUGGAACUAGUUUGAGUAAGAGGUGGGAGUUUAAUGUAGCUGGAAUUUGCCCCAUUGUACGAGGGCUAAAGAAAUUCCUUGGGUGGCCUCUGCUUCGGAUCUGGGGCUGGGCUGAGGACAGCUCUAACAAACACUUCAGUAGUUGGGGUUACUUGGGUUUUACAUCUGAGUAGAGCAUAGGAGAUCGCAUAGAGGGUAUGAGAAAGUUCUUGGCCUGCACUGGAGGAAGGCAUAGCAAUCUCAUAAGAAAACUGAUGUAAUAAUGGGAUUUAAUGAAAUAUGUAAUCUGGGAGUUAGCCUUUGUGUCAGGCAUUUGUUAUGGGUGAACAAAGGGGAAAGAAGAAAAAGAAGAGUUAGUAUGAGAGAUAAUUGGAUGUGCUUAUUUCUACUUGUCUAAUUUGUGUGCCUUUCUCUGAUUCAGCAUCGGCAUUAAUUCAGCUUCCUAUUGAUCUCCUUUUAUUUAAUCCCUGCAAAGUUCUCCAGCUAAUUCCAUAACUCUUAGUGUUUCUCCAAGGUUUGUAUCUCAGUUCACUCUAAAACUUGCUUUACUGGUCACGCUGCAUGCAGUCUCAGUUAACUGGGAAUGCAAUGGUGUUUGUUCUUCCAAUAGUCCUGCACUGAUUUUUUUAGUGGUUUACUUUAUGGAGGGUUAAUCAGACCUGCUGCUGUAUACAUGCAAGAUGUGAAGACCUACAGCCAGUCGGUGCCCAGGAGGAUUUUUUCAGUUUGAGUAAUUUUUAGGAAUCUUGGAGUUGAAACUGUUGGGUUUUGUCAACUUGCUGUUGUUUGUGCUGUGAGGACUCUCUCUCAUGCAUGACAUUUUUAUGCUUAGGUAGGAUGGAAAUCUGAUUCUUGGCAAAGUGGAUACUUUAAUGACAUGUUAAUGGACUAAUAAAAAUGGCUUUUUCUGGGUGUGUGGUUUUUUGAAGAGCUCUUCAAAGUUGUCUAGUGUUUGCAACUGGCUGCAUGAAGCCAAGUUCCAGCCCACGAGGAAAGCAUGCCUUGAAAAGAGGCUUUGAUUCUCACUGCAGCCUACACAAAAGGGCCACAAAAAGGCUUCAUGCAUCAAAUCCAGCAACUCUUUGAGAACUGAGGUUUUCUAAUGAAACACUGCUUUAAUCUGCAAGUGAAGUUUGGUUUCAGCUUCAGUACAGGCAGUCUUCAAAUGCCGGGGUGCGAUGUGUGGCAGCCCCAAAGUCUGAGGGUUUGGGGCUUUUGGGCUGGUUUGUGGUGAACUGCAGGUCUGGUUGGCACCAUGGCACUGAGAGCAUUCAUGAAGGUCACUCAGUGUACACAACAGUGGAUACACGUGUAAAAUUAGUUCUGUACAGAUAAUUGGUUUCUUUGGCAGAGGUAAGACUCAGUUUGGUUUCUUUUCUGCUUUAAGCACCACAGGGAUUCGCUUACUGUGAAGUUAAAGCGGUCCGUGGAUUUAUGCAUUGCAAUCUGAAGCAGACAGAGGAAGAGUAGAAGUAUUCUUAAGGCAAACAAGAAAAGGACUAGAAUAGAAACCUUGGCCUUUGUGGUGACGGUUUAAGCUUCGAUUUGUGAAUAAAAUGGUAUCUUUCAGUUCAGUGAUGUGGUUUGCUGCAGAGAGACCACAUUUUGACACACUCGCUGCCUUUACCCGUCUUUCCUUUUCCAUUAAGCUUGCUCUUGUACCCUAUCAAACAUAAAUGAUUGUCAGCCUUAAAAAAACAAAGCACUUAAAAACCUUCACGGGUUGCCUAGUAGUAGAAAUAAAAACAGACGUUUAUCUGCAGCGAAGUCUCAUUUAAGGUUAUGUGCACAGAAGAGGGGCGAUAAGCAGAGUCCGGCUUCAAGGCGCUCUGGGGGGGAUGGCUGGUGGCAUUUCUGAGCACUUUCCACACAAAUGGUGUGGAAGCAUUCGGACGAGAAGUGAUUUCCCAUCGCAGAUCCAGCAAAGGUUUUAAUUGCGGGCUGCGGUGCUUUGGGCUGUUAGAGCAGCAUGUGGUAAAUAGCUGAUGCUUGUGCUUUUUCUUUUUUGAGUGAGCGUGUUUGUUUGUUUGUGGAAGAUUUUCUGCACUUGGAGCUCAUUAUUUUUCUGUGCAGUCUUCUGCAGACUUUUUCAGGAUGGAAGAGUCCAACAGCUUGCAGUGCUUGCAAUGCUUAUGCUACAUCUCUGCAUGUUUGAAGAUGGUCUGCUCUGAAGUAAAUACUAAGUGAAGUCCUUUCUACGUCAUUAGCCUGCUGGCCUUGUGUUUACCUUCUGUCAGAAAGUAAAAUGAAUAUAUCCUGGAAUCUAGCGGCGUGUUUGCACAAGCACAAAUGAUUAACCUGGAAUAUCAAAGGGAAGGCCAGAGAUGGCUGAGAGGUUUGUUUGCCAGCAUCCCUCAGCACGACCUUCCCCCUUUCCCAAGGAAGACGCGGACGUGCUGCUGGUUGGCCUUGCCUCCCAGUCUAACUUGAGUGCUCAGCUGAAUGCUGCUGCUGGCUCAGAUCGUAGCCACGUGUAAAAAUCCUUCAUUUCAGCAAGGAAGUGCUUACCUCUAACUCAGAGCAUGGAGCAAAGUGUGAAUUAAUGCAGUCCCUAAUGCAGAUGCUCCUUUGCAUUGGUACAGACUGGUGUCUACUGAAUCUUUGCGUGCUGCAAAACUCAUCUACCUGAAACCAACGAUAGCAGCAUAGCGCAAUGCUGAGGGAAUGUUAUGUUAACAGCGAGUAAAUGCACUGUCGAUGCAGAGACAGCAGUGUGAAAGACUUCCCUGCAGACCAGCAGCUAUCCUUUGAGUGAGGGGGAGGAGGAAGUUGGCACCUGAGCAGAUUAUUAGGUGGCUCUGUUUAUUUGGGGACGUUUAAUUGUUCCUCACCCAGGCUCUCCUCCUUCCCAGGAAGGCCGGUCACGCUCCAGAGGCCGCUCGCUGGUAAAGCAGCAGCUUUCUGAUGCAAUGCUCAGCUUGGCUCAGAGCAGGCAGCAGAGCCGUGCCGUGCUUCCCUUCCUACACCUGCUGCAGCUCCUACAGAUGAUUCACUUCUGCUUUGGGAGCGGGUGAACAACCGGGGGCUGGCACGGAGCUGCUCGCCUCCCCCAGGCUGCGCUGAAUCCGCAGGGUGAAUCCUGACUUUGUCUAAGCCUCGUCCUUUCUUCACCCUCUGCCAAAUAUGCUUUCACGUUAAUGCUUCACCCAGCUGGCUAAUUUGGUCUUUGAAAUUAUCUCAGUAAUGUCAGGUGCUUAAAAAAACAUUCCCAUCCCUUUAUAAAUAUUAUAAUAGAGAUGUAAAGACAUUGCUUCAGUGUUCCUUGGGAUCUACAGUAUAAAAAGAAGUUCUUGAGUGCUGCGUAGCAAUCCGGAGUGCAGCAUAAACAAAUAGCAUGUCAAGCUGGAACAAGUCGGUUGGCUUACAGAAGGCAGAAUGCAAAUGACCGAGACAGGAGAAUUAGUGCCUUUUGUAACUUUGCAACAAAUGUGAGCAGAUUUCUGCUGCUGAUGAGCCAUAAGCCUUGUUUGAAAGAAAGGAAAAGCACUUUGCAAAGGCUGGAUGCUGGGUUUUGUGCAAAGCCUGAGCAGAGUGGCCGGUUUGCAGAUCAGCAUCCAUCCCUUUCCCUGCACCUCAUCUGUGGGCAGCAACCUGCCACGCAGGGGUAACAUUAAUAGCUUCUUAAGCUUUUAUAGGUAUAUCCAGCUGAGUUCAGGGCUUUCCGUCUGAGAUGGCAGCAGCCAGAUCCCAGAGCAGUCUCACCGAGGUCCUGUUGGAGGCUGUGCAUUUAAGAAGCAAAUUGGGCACAGCUUUACGGAUCAGGGGAUGCUGUGUGCCCACUGCUGGCGUGGUUUCAUGUCCAAGCAUCCCAGUGCUGACUUUUGUCACCUGUUACUUUACUGGAAUUUAGAAAUUUAUACCUUUGAAGUGAUGGGGCACUUGAAAAUGUUAUUGCCUCAGUGAGUUUCGUAUGCAAAUAGUGGAGCAAAGCCAAAGGUCCCUCUCAGGCAGCCUGCUCCUAGAGGUUGCUCCAUAAAAGUUUGUCUGCUACCAGCUGUUACGCCAGUGUUCUUACUAGAAAGAAUAAUGGUUUUUUGCAAGCUAAAAUUGAGGGUUUCACAGGCUGCAACUGGCAAAUUGGCAGCCAUGCUCCUCUGCUGUAGACUGAAAGCCUGUGGCAGACAGAAAGGAAUUAAUUCUUCGGUAACAGCUUUAGAAGCUGCGGCUGCUGGUGAGCUCUAGAAAGCACACCUGAAAUGCAGAAUAAAUGUGAUAAUUAUAUAGUCAGACAAUAUGCAGAUUGUUACAGAUGGCAUACGUAUCCAACUUAAUAACAUAUCCUUAGAAUUGGGGAUGGAAAGUGGUAUGAGUUAUUGGAUUUAAAAAAGAAAAAAGCACCACCACUCAGAGGAACUGUAAAAUUCAUUUUUGGCGAGUGCUGGAACAUUCCAGUUCUGAUUUUACCUGUACUCAUUGCCUGCUCUUCAGGUUCUUUUUCCUCUAAAACACCCACAUUGGGAGGAGGAAAUUAAGCUUUGCCCUGUUGUGCUUCCAUAGAGCAGCAGCAGACUGAUUCUGUCAUCCUGUUCUAUUUCAAACCGAAUUGCCAAAGUCCUGCAGACUUUUCCUCUUUGGUCAGCUGUUAAAAUGUCCAAGAGGAGCUUUCCCGGAAUAUGCAGUUUACCAAUCUCAGAAGCACAUAAUUUUUAAUCCAUUCUAAAAAUAGUUUAAUGUAGUGGCUGCUUUAAUUAUUAAUAAAACCGAAGGAUUUGUGUAUUUUUUUUUUUUCUAUGAACAUCUGUGUUAAGCUGUGAUGGCUCAGGUCUGUUGCCUUGACAUGUGAGGUGAGGCAGUUUUUAUUCUGCCUGAUGUUUCAGCUGAUGGGCAAAAGAAAUAUAUAUUUAUACACAUCUUCACUGUGCCCAGCAUGGAGCCAGUGUGUGUAAACGCUCCUGGGGCAACUGGAAGUGCAGGGCCAGGCAGAUGAGAAGCGUCUGUGCCAGGGGAAAUGACUAUCUUGAGUUUUUUGUGAGCGUUCAUUCUCGUGCUGAAGGAUAGAACUUGGUGGGGAAGAGACUCCCUCAAGGGCUAAGUCUUAUGAAUAACUUUCUUGGUUCUUUUUUUCUCCCGGUUUUAGGUAAGUCAGAGCUCUCAUAUUUUCAUGUUUGGCUCUGUAGUUACUUUUUCUGGCCUGUUGUAAGAGUUUAGUGGAUACUGAGCUACAUGAAUAAUUGAGGCUGUGCGGAGCAGCCCUUACUAAACAGCAGAAUUUGGGCUUGUAGCUGUUAGUAGACCUAAUAGAAAUGGAGAUUGGUGCAAGUUUAUUGAUCUCAUUUUUGCUUGAACCACUCUGUUAUUGAGUGGAAUUGGAGAGAGGGAAAUGAUGUCCCAGUUGUGGCCCUUGCAAAGGAAAAAAUCUUGAUGCUUCCUUUUUCCUCAGUAUUUCUAUUUUCUCCUGAAUGAAGUUGUAUGAAGUUCAUCACAAAGCCUUUCUGUAUUGGUGAGGUGUUGAGGUUGUUAGAUCAACUCCUCCAAGAUCUGACUGUACCAAUGCCCCAAAGAGCAGGAGGCUGCGCUGUGUCUGACAGGACCUGGUGCAGAAGUCACCUCCAGGAGCCCUGAACCAUUCUUGGUCCAAAACGUCCUUAGUACUCAUUGUAAAAUGGGUGAAACAACUGCAGCAAAAUCCUGUUAAAGCACGUAAGCGUGUAGCAUGGAAAACAAGGAGGCUUUGGCACAGAUGUUCAGUAAAUCUGUACUUUGCAACAACAGAACAAACCAGCAAAGUGCAUGUUCCAAUCACAGAUAAAGAAAACAAUGCUCAUAUUUAAUAUUUGGGUUUCUUUUAAGAAUUAAGAUCAGGUAGUAUUGUAAGGUGUAUGAUUGCUGUAAGGCUUUAUUUGUUCUUAAGAUUUCUUAAUCUGAUAUUUUGUUUUGCAGUAUUGUGUGCCAAGAAUCUUGCAAAGAAAGAUUUCUUCAGACUUCCUGAUCCAUUUGCAAAAAUAGUUGUUGAUGGGUCAGGUCAGUGCCACUCAACUGACACUGUGAAGAACACGUUGGACCCCAAAUGGAACCAGCAUUAUGAUCUGUAUGUUGGGAAGACAGAUUCCAUAACCAUCAGUGUAUGGAACCAUAAGAAAAUCCACAAGAAACAGGGAGCUGGCUUCCUGGGGUGUGUCCGACUCCUCUCCAAUGCCAUCAGCAGGCUAAAAGAUACUGGAUACCAGCGUUUGGAUCUAUGCAAACUAAAUCCCACGGAUACUGAUGCUGUACGAGGCCAAAUAGUGGUCAGUUUACAGACACGGGACAGAAUAGGCACCGGAGGUUCUGUAGUAGACUGUAGAGGGCUUUUGGAGAAUGAAGGUUUCCCCAUUUUCAGAACGGUUUAUGAAGAUUCUGGACCAGGGAGGCCACUGAGCUGUUUUAUGGAAGAACCAGCACCCUACACAGACACUACAGGGGCUGCAGGUGGAGGCAAUUGUCGCUUUGUAGAGUCCCCCAGUCAAGAUCAGAGACUUCAGGCACAGAGACUUCGGACUCCUGAAGUCAGAGGUCAUGUACAGACACCUCAGAACAGACCGCACGGUCACCAGUCUCCUGACCUACCUGAAGGCUAUGAACAAAGAACAACAGUACAGGGACAGGUUUAUUUUUUGCACACGCAGACUGGAGUUAGCACAUGGCAUGACCCUAGGAUACCAAGAGACCUUAACAGUGUGAAUUGUGAUGAACUGGGACCUCUGCCUCCAGGUUGGGAAGUUAGAAGUACAGUUUCAGGAAGAAUAUAUUUUGUAGAUCAUAACAACAGAACCACGCAGUUCACAGAUCCACGACUACAUCACAUCAUGAAUCACCAAUGCCAGCUAAAAGAGCCCAGCCAGCAGCCUCUGCCAGCUCCAAAUGAGGGGUCUGUGGAGGAGGGUGAAGAGUUGCCUGCACAGAGAUAUGAGAGAGACUUGGUGCAAAAGCUGAAAGUUCUUAGACAUGAGCUCUCCCUUCAACAACCACAGGCAGGUCACUGCCGAAUUGAAGUAUCCAGAGAGGAAAUAUUUGAGGAAUCCUACCGUCAGAUAAUGAAGAUGAGGCCAAAGGAUUUGAAAAAGAGGCUUAUGGUAAAAUUUCGAGGCGAGGAAGGCCUGGAUUAUGGAGGGGUAGCAAGAGAAUGGUUGUAUUUACUGUGCCAUGAAAUGUUGAAUCCAUACUAUGGACUCUUCCAGUACUCUACGGAUAAUAUUUACAUGCUGCAAAUCAAUCCAGACUCCUCUAUCAAUCCUGACCAUUUGUCUUAUUUCCAUUUUGUUGGGCGAAUAAUGGGUUUGGCUGUGUUCCAUGGACACUAUAUCAAUGGGGGGUUCACAGUUCCCUUUUAUAAACAGCUCCUGGGGAAACCCAUUCAGCUCUCUGAUCUGGAAUCUGUUGACCCAGAACUACACAAAAGUUUAGUUUGGAUUCUAGAGAACGAUAUCACCCCGGUUCUGGACCAUACUUUUUGUGUGGAACACAAUGCUUUUGGGAGGAUUUUACAGCACGAACUCAAACCAAAUGGCAGGAACAUUCCAGUGACAGAAGAGAACAAGAAAGAAUAUGUCAGGUUGUAUGUGAACUGGCGAUUUAUGAGAGGCAUAGAAGCACAGUUCUUGGCUCUGCAGAAGGGUUUUAACGAACUCAUUCCCCAGCAUCUCCUCAAGCCUUUUGACCAGAAGGAACUUGAGCUAAUCAUAGGAGGCCUGGAUAAGAUAGACCUGAAUGACUGGAAGUCAAACACACGUCUAAAGCACUGCAUGGCAGAUAGCAAUAUUGUGAAGUGGUUCUGGCAAGCGGUGGAAACAUUUGAUGAAGAAAGAAGGGCAAGGCUUUUGCAGUUUGUGACAGGUUCAACACGUGUCCCACUUCAAGGUUUCAAGGCUUUACAAGGUUCUACAGGCGCUGCAGGACCCAGACUGUUUACCAUCCAUUUAAUAGAUGCAAACACAGACAACCUUCCGAAAGCCCACACUUGCUUUAACCGGAUUGACAUUCCGCCUUAUGAGUCAUAUGAGAAGCUUUACGAGAAGCUGUUGACAGCUGUGGAAGAGACAUGUGGGUUUGCUGUGGAGUGAAAAAGCAACCAAAGGAAACAGAUGCUAGCUCAUGGACCACCAAAUCAAAAGCUAGAAGAAGCUUGCUGUGAACUUCCUGCUAAGCUGUCUGAAGCACCGGAACUCUAGACAACUUGGAGAUGGGUUGUUUCCCUUCCACUGUUGGUGGAUGAUGGUGGGGGCAGGGGCUUUUGUUGGUGGUUUCCAACUCUUUUCCCCCUUUGUUACAAGAAGCCCUUCCCUCUUCUUCCAUCCCCCAUAAAAUGAAACGCAGCCAAGUUCAGCAUUUGGCCUUGGAUACACAGGAUACUCUGCUAGAUUUGUAACACAUAUUGUGAUAGGGUCAAUGACCUGUGGGUUGUUUUUUUUUUUUUAAUAGGAGAAUCACAGUGUAAUUAAGAAUGAGCUUGAUUUGCUGAGGACUUGCAGAUGGUUAGGUGUGCCUGGUUAGUUUGUCUAAAAUCAAGCCCUGUAGAGUCCAGUGGGUGCAGUGUGUCUGACUAGCACUAGAAUUUGCAUUGCACAUUCUAAAAACCUGAUUAAAAAGUGAACUUCUAGCAGAAAUUACCUCCAUAUGAGCAUUUAACUGAAAGGCAAAGAAAUUCAAGUUCUGCCUUAGCAGGAAGCUCCCAGUGGAAGCUGUGGCUUACCUUGAGAAAAGCGAAAGAACUGGGGACAGUUUAAAUGGUGUUGUAUGAUUUCUUUUUGGUUGUCCUGGCUGAAACCUAAUUGUUUUGCACAUGAAAACAGUUAUUUCCUCCUGCAGAAUUACUUUCCAUAGUUUGCUCAGAUAUGAUUACCUUGCAGAGAAGCUUUGCAAGGAGGAGACAGAGGACAAAAUUUAUUCAAUUCCAAAGCUGUGAUUUCUGUGCCACUGUUUUACCUGAGAUGUUCUUGUGACUUCAUAUUUGAAGACUCAAAAUGGAAAUGGCCAAACUCUAAGUCAACAGAGCUGCCUUCUGUUCUGAAGUUUUUGGCCGUGUGAAAGGUUUAUUUGGAGGCUGUGGUAAAAGGGUAACUAUACAGUGAAUACAUGUUAAAUGUUAUGGAAAGCUAUUGAAAGGAUUUAUGACUUCGGUUCUGUAAGGAUAAGAAUUUCUCCAGAGAGCCAUAUAAGGCUAUUUUUUCAAAUACCUGAAACUAAUAUUAAAAGGUUGGUUCUCUAACACAUUGCUAAGAUAACUUCCCAGGGGAAACAAAAGCAAAUCAAAUACCUGAAUCACUAACAUUUUUUCCAGUUUGCACACCAAGAUGAGACAGUAUUUUAACAAAUAACACAGCUUCAGAAAGAGACCCAGUUAUCUAUCAAACAUGUCUAAACUUAAGUAAAGCAGGCUUGCUUGUAUAGGAUUUUUUUUUUCUUUGGCAAGCCUGAUUUUUAGAGAAAUUCAUUACUGAAACAUUUAACAGAUGUUUUUGUUUAUGGAAUAGUGCAUUGAAAUUCAGCUGUGGGUAAGAGGUUGUUCUUAGAAGAUGUCUACUGGAAUACUUCUAUUUUGUCUUUUUUAAAUUGAAUUUGAUAAUAGCUUUAAACUGUGAUAGGACAGAAAGUAGACACUUGUCAAAAUUCUGGCAUCAUUCUCACUUUUGUUUGUUUGUUUCCAUUGACCAUAAUUCUUGUGAUUUGUGGUUGGGAGUGAGGAUUGCAUUGAAGGUGUAAAAUUGUACCAUAGUGUGAGAUUUGCACAGGGUGGCUCAAGGUGCUCAUCCAGCAAGACUGUACAGGAGAGAGGCAUCUUUCCACCCAUGUUCUGGACGAAUCUUGUUGCAACUGGGGACCAGUUUCUGCAGUACUGAUCAUUGGGACACAAGUGAAAUUAUGUGUGUGUUUUGCAGAAGAGAAAGGAAAUAUUACUGUCUGCAGAUGAGUGUCUGUACAGUCUUGGGCUGAGCAGCAGAAUCCCCGUGGCCCUGGCUUUUCAAAAUGGCUGUGAAGUCGUACCUGUUCAUAGAGUGUAUUUAAUCCUUUCAGUGCGUUUGAAUGUGCAAUAAACCAGUCAGAUAGGAAAAAUGCAAAAUGGAUUAUUGCCCAAAAGCUUUGCAUGUAAUCUCAUGGAUUUUUCACUAAGAGAAUUGAAAAAACAGAUGCUAAAGCCCACCACUAACAGAAAUCCUAUCACGCAAGCUCUAAAACUGGCUCGGUAAAAACCAGGUGAGGUGAAGGUAAAGGCCCUUGAUUUGGAAAUGUAUAGGUCAAGUAGCUUUAUGUCAGCGACACAGUUGACAUAUGAUAGUUCCUAAUGUCUUUUCUAGGUCAGUGUUUUAUGGAAUGCACAAAAUAAGAAUAGGCAAGGAUUGUUGUUUGCUGUAGUUAAAAGCCCUUGUCAAGGUACCUCCUCCUUGCUGACAAUAAUGAGAAUAGGGCACCGUCUUUUUAAUUAUUUUAGUUCUCUUUUAUACAGCUUCACCACCUCUCCCAUUGUGUUGUCUUCGCAAUUUUGUGCCACUUCAGUGAUGAUGAAGACCUUUUUUUUUUGGUAUUGUUCUGUACAUGCAUUUGAGGCAGGCCUUAAAGCUGGAUGGAUGGAUGGUGGAUGGAUGGAUGGAGGAAAUAAAGAAGCAAGGCAGUAUGGGUUUUAAGUGAUGAUUUCUUCUUCCAGUGGCUGGUUUCAAGGCCAGGGAAGGAUGAAACGAAAACAAGAGUUUGCAUGGCUCAAGCCAUUGACUCGAUGAGGUUUUGGGGGCUGUUCUUAUAACCUCAGCUGUCUGAAUUUGUGAGUGUGUUCAUUCUUACUUGGUCUGCCAGCACUUGGACUGGUUGUUACUCCUCAAACUUGCCCAAAGAAUAACAUAAAGUCUGGUGUUCGUUCAGUCAUUCCACGUUCCACCUUGUGCACACAUGCGUCUUGGAUCAGACCUGAAGGAAAUACAAGGUACAAUGUGUCUUUCGUUCCUGUCCUAAAGGCAAACCUAAAAGCUGGUCCAUUGGCACAGACCUUCAGUGCUUGCCCUGAUACUGCUCAUCAGCCUAUACUAUAUGCUCAGGGAUGUAGGAAACCACCACUUUGCUCGUGUUUUAAAUCGGGAAGAAGUGAGGCUGUUUUACGAAUGUUGGCAUUAACUUGGGCAUUAUGUUAGACAAGACCCUGCUUCAGAAAGGCUGCUUGAAGCUCCAGGGGGUGAAAUCAACGUUUGCUCAGCAGUAUGUACUUUGUUCAAGUUGAGGUGGUUGUGAAAUCCAAUAGAUUUUGUAAAUUAGUGAUCUGGCCACCGGGGCCCUCUGUAGCUCAGGUUCAGGGCCACGUGGCACAGCAAGUUCCCAGAAACACAGUAUGGAUCUGUUUUUAAUUUGUUAAUUUUUUGUUCCUCGACCACUUUAUAAUGUAUUUUUUUAAUUUAUUAUUUUGUAAUGUCAUGUUUAAGUAUUGCUGCUAUCCUUGUUAUUCUUCCCACUGUUUUUAUUGCAGAUUUAUUUUGUGAAAGUUGUACACUAAUGUUUCAUUUUAUGUCUAAAUCAAAGUAUUUAAAGAAAUACUAGUUCUAUUUAAUGUGGUUAUGGAACCAGCUGGAAUAAACAGUGAUUGUAUAGUAGGCUGGACCCAGGAGGUCAUGUUCAUUUUUGUUACAUAUGCAAUAAACUCACAACUUUAAA